UUUCAGAAGCGCUCUCCUAUCGGCAUUGCAUUCGUAUGGGCGCUUGCUGAAUCCGUGAUGGCGGCCGCUUCGAAAACUGUCAGCGUUCGCGAUGUUGAGCUCAACUUUUUGGAGACAUCCGUUCUUAGUGGCACAGCGGCCGUCAUUUCGAAAACUGUUUCGGCUCCGAUUGAACGGGUGAAGUUGAUGAUUCAGAAUCAGGAUGAGAUGAUGAAACAAGGACGGCUGGAUAAGCCGUACACUGGUAUGAUUGACUGCACGAUAAGGACAUUCAAGACUGAAGGAGUCAUACCUUUCUGGAGGGGGAACGUUCCAAACUGCAUUAGAUACUUCCCCACCCAAGCUCUAAAUUUCGCGUUUAAAGAUAAUAUUAGGGUUCUGUUCAACCCGCAAAAGACAGAUACUUACUGGGUUACUUUUUAUAAAAACGUCGCAAGUGGGGGUGCAGCGGGAGCCGGCUCCUUGCUUUUUGUUUACUCCCUGGAUUAUGCGCGUACUCGUCUCGCUAACGACGCGUUAGCCGCCUCGAAAGGUGCUGGUACCAGAGAAUUCAAUGGAUUGGUUGAUGUCUAUGUUAAAACAUUCCGUUCGGAUGGAAUAGCUGGUCUUUACCGUGGAUUUUGUCUGUCCUGUGUUGGGAUAAUCGUCUAUCGAGGGUUUUACUUCGGCCUUUAUGAUACGAUCAAACCGAUUGCUCUUGGUGACAACGCAGGAUUGACAGUUAGUUUCAUCCUUGGCUAUGCAGUGACAAUAAUAUCCGAAACGUUGGCCUAUCCCAUUGAUACCGUUCGACGGCGUUUGAUGAUGACUUCCAGUAAGAAUUUCCAUGUUUUUUUUAUUGAAUUUCCUGCAGAUCAGGCUGUCAAAUAUCGAAGUUCGUUGGACUGUGCAGCACAGAUUUUACGAAAGGAAGGGCCGAUGUCCUUCAUGAAAGGAACGUUUGCCAAUAUCCUCCGUGGUAUUGCCGGUGCUGGUGUUCUUGCUGGAUUCGAUAAGUUGAAAGAAAUAUACGUCUCAUUCCGCAUUCCGGUGAAGCCUGUGCCGUAA